UGUAUAAGAUUGCGAUACUACGUUUCGUGGUUCGGAGAUCAGGACCGUGUUAGCAUAUGCCGGACUGUUGCACAUGCAUCUCAUGUAUGGUGUCACUGCUGAUUUGCGCCUACCAAAACUGUCAGCUUAGUUUUCGGUGCAGUCGAAACCGUGCUAUGAGUGUACUCUUCCACUCUUAAUGUUUAUCGGAGGUCGGCAUUUUUGAAAUGUUGUAGUUUGUUUGCGCAUCGUCGGUUUUGAACAGAUCUUCGAAUAGGUACGUUGCAGGUUUUCUGCUGAGCGGCGGGGAUUUGGGGUGUAAUGAGAAUUGAGAGGCGGUUUCGGCGGGUGGUGAAGCCAGCUGAUAGGAGCAAUGCGGUACCGAAGGUGGUGCCGUUGAGCAGUUCGGAUGUGGUGGUGCCCAAGGUGCACGUCGAAGUGAUUUAUGCAUAUGAGGCCAGCAAGGGGGUCAGCUUUGACAACGUCGUCCAGGUGUUGGAAGAGGCGCUAGGGCGGGUGCUAACCGAGUACAGAGAGUGGGCUGGACGCCUCGUGAUUAACGAGACAGGCAGACCUGCCAUUGAGCUGAAUGACGACGGAGUAGUGUUUGUGGAAGCGGUGGCGGACGGGUGCUUGCAAGAUGUUUUCCCGUUUGAUCCCUCGCCUUUGCUUCUAAGUAUGGUACCUCCUAGUCGUGGUGUACCAGAGCUUCUGCUUGUUCAGGUCACCAAGUACAAGUGCGGUGGAUUGACGUUGGGUGUAGCAAGGCAUCACCAAGUUGCGGACGGAACGUCGGCGAGCCAAUUUAUGAACGCGUGGGCGUCUGCGUGCAAAGGGAUCCCGCCCUCGCCCAUACUCCACGAUCGUGCAGCUCUGAUGCCCAGGGACCAGCCAAUGCCAACAUUCGACCAUAUCGAGUAUGUUAUGCCCCUGCCUAAGCCUGUUGCUAAGGACACAUUUAACAACCGUCCUCUCGCAAGAAAGAAAAUACGCUUUAGUUUCGACAUGGUUCAAAAAAUCAAGUCGAAAGCCGUUAAAGAGAACGACGAGCGCGGCUUCCCCACCUACUCCACCUUCGAGAGCCUGACAGGGCACUUGUGGCGGUGUAUAACGAAGGCGCGUGGAUUGAGCAGUGACAUCGAGACACGGACUACCGUCGCCUGCGACGCGAGGCGCCGACUGACCCCCUCAAUCUCAGAAGAUUACUAUGGCAAUGUUAUCUUCCACAGUUGCGCUCGGACCCUUGUGUCACAAGUGACGGAGGAACCCCUCUCGUACGCUGCAGGUGUUGUACACGCUUCCAUCAAAAGACUUGAUAACGAUUACAUCCGAUCAGCAAUCGACUACAUCGAGCACCGGCGCCAGAAUACUGCUUCCUAUGGCAGAACCUUGAGCACGGUAUUGAGCCCUGACCUGAGCCUUACUUCUUGGUUACAGAUGCCGCUCUACAAAUUGGACUUCGGAUGGGGCACGCCUGUGUAUGCCGGCCCUCCCUACGUCCCUUUUGAAGGGCUCAUCAUCCUCAACGCUUCUCACACUCAAGAUGGCAGUGUUGAUGCCAUCCUCGCAUUGUUCGAGGACGACAUGGCCAAGUUCGAAAACAUCUGCUUCGAAGUCCCGAAUUAGGGUUUCACUAGUCUCUCCUGAAGCAGAAAUAUGGACAUGCAAACAGAAAAAUCAUUGUGCAGUUUUGCAGAAAACUGCACUAUACUCAACGCACAACUGGGUGCAAGAAAGCUCUGCAGGAAAUGUAAUAUUUUGAGCUGACCCGCUGACGACUGUUAUUUUCACUGCUUGACACUUUUGAUGGACUCAAAGCAUUUGGAUUGUUGUGUCAACGCUACUUUCUUGUCAAUUGCUUACAGAAAAUUAGGGUCUUGGGAGUUUAUUUAGUUAUCAGGAAGUGAGGUGUUGCGGGUGUUGAGAUCGCACUUUCCUCAGUGCCGAAAUAGUAACAACUGGUAAUUCAACUGCUCUUUAAGAGUGCGAUGACAUGUUUUCAGGUAAGAGGGAAUUUAAUUGUCAACUUAUUUGGUCCAGCUACCUCUCAUCAUAUGGUAGCUACUUAUUU